AUGGUGUCCAGCACUGUGUUCGUCCUGGGCCCGUUGUGGGUCUUCACUCUGGCAGAGGCCUGCUGCCCAGAGGAGACACCGAGGGAGGAGGUGGUGUCCUGGUUCAAAGAACGAAUCCUGGACGGCCUCGGGCUGGAGGAGCCCCCUGCAGCUACAGUUAGGGGUCCAGAUGAGGACACGAGGAAGCCAUCCAGGAGGCCCCCCAAGAGGAGCAGGACCACAUGGGUGAACGAAGACAUCCACCUGAAGCAUGACACACCAGAAAUUAUUGUCUUUCCAAGUUCUGACUCAUCCUGUUCCACAUCUGACUCUGGAGAGACCACCAGGGGCCCCUUUACGUAUUACUUCCAACUGUCCAUUAACAGACAGGAGGUCCAGCUCACAUCUGGCCAGCUGUGGUUCUUUGCAGGUCAAGGGGUCACUGUGAACUCCUCAGCCCCCCUCUUCAUGCUCACAUCAGCCCAGCAGCUCCAUCUGGCCGCAGAGACUCCGUCACAGACCACCUCAGAUGGAUGGACCACAUAUGACUUUGAGCAGACCUCGCUGGACUCCAUGUCUGAGGGGCCCUUCCUGGUCCAGAUCCGCUGUCCAACAUGUCAGUGCCACUCAAGUGAGCCAGACAAGACCCCUUUCCUCCACCUCCACGCCGAGCCCCGAGGUCCAGUCCGCUCCCCACGCCGGGCACCUGUCACCAUCCCCUGGUCCCCCUCAGCCGUAGACCUGCUCCAGAGACCCUCUCAGGAGCAGCACAGUGACUGCCAUCGGGAGGCCAUUGUAAUCAGCUUUGACGAGCUGGGCUGGGACAGCUGGAUCGUCGACCCCAAGUCCCUGACCUUCUACUACUGUCAGGGGAACUGCUCCGCCUGGGACCGGACCACCGCCUCCCUGGGCAUCACACAGUGCUGCGCCCCGGUCCCGGGAUCCAUGAGGUCCCUGAGGAUCAUCACCACAUCUGAUGGAGGAUACUCAUUCAAGUAUGAGAUCCUGCCAAACAUCAUCCCUGAGGAGUGUACUUGUUUCUGAGCAUUUAUGUUUAUAAAAGUCCAUUUCAUCCAUAUUAGAGGAUUUUUUUUUUUUUUUUUUACAAGGGACACCAGAUCCAAGCAUGACAAAGGCUAUGUUUGAGUGGAAUAGUGU